AUUGCGUAUUAACUAACAGAAAUCAUCAUUCCUAGCUGUUGCUUUCUUGAAGCUGCUUGGGCAGGGCGGGGCCGGAACGCCGCCUGCCUGCUUGGGACGCUAGGAAAUGCCACUUGAAGUCUUUUACCUAUAGCUUAGUCCUGGGCCGUCGUGGCGUCGAACUAGGGGGCAACCAUGCCCGCUCCGGCCUUUCUCCAAAAGCUGCUUGCGGAAAAGCCCAAGACACCGUCAGAGGUUGUCAGCAAGCUUACAGCUGCGUUUGAGGCCCUACAAGCAGCCCGGAGCGGCCGGGAUGAGAAGGCGCUUGACAAGGCGCACGAGUCUGUCGCCAAGUACCUGGGGUACGCCAAGCUAGUGCUCUUUGGCGACGAGGAGCACGAGGCGACAAAGGAAAACGCGCUGGCGCUGGCCCAGGAGGCAGGCCGGACGGACUUGCUUUCGCUGAUCGUAAAGAACCUGGCGGACCUUGAAUUCGAGUCGCGCAAAGACGCGGCCCAGGUGUUCGGCGCCAUCAUCCGCAUCAAAGACAACGAUGAACGGGGGCCAGGAGCCGCCUACGUGCUGGCCCAUCCGGAGAUUCCGACGCUGCUGUUCGUUGGCUAUGAUGAGGCCGCCAUCGCGCUCAACUGCGGCGCCAUGCUGCGGGACUGCUUGCGAGACGACCAAAUCGCCAAGAAGGUGCUAGACGGGCCGGUGUUUCUCAAAUUCUUCGACAAGGUGGAGGUGGCGAAUUUCGAAAUCGCUUCGGACGCGUUCAGCACGUUCAAGGACCUGUUGACGCGGCACAAGGCGGUGGUGGCUCAGUACCUGCAGGAGCACUACACGGAGUUCUUCGGGGCGUACAUCCGGUUACUGCAGUCCACCAACUACGUCGUGCGGCGGCAGUCGCUUAAGCUGUUGGGCGAGCUGCUUCUGGACCGCACCAACGUCAAGGUGAUGCUCAAGUUCGUGAGCGACGUGCAGCACCUGAUGACCAUGAUGGUGCUACUCAAGGACCAGAGCCGAUCCAUCCAGUUCGAGGCCUUCCACGUGUUCAAGGUGUUUGUGGCCAACCCCAACAAGCCCCAGCCCAUUGUGGACAUCCUGGCCAACAACCGCGAGAAGCUGCUCAAGUACCUGGAGGACUUCCACACCGAGAAGGAGGAGGACGAGCAGUUCAAGGAGGAGAAGGCGGUCAUCAUCAAAACAAUAUCCAUGCUCGGCAACCCGGCGCCCGCGCCGGCGCCAGCACCCGCCGCGGCCGCCCCGCCGGCAGCAGCACCGGCGCCAGCCCCGGCGCCCGCGCCAGCAGCACCCGCGUCCUCGCCACCGCAGGGGUCAUAGACGCUUGGUCAGUGUCCAGGAGGCAUGCGCUGUCAUACAGGACGCUUGGCGGCGCAGGCAUAGCCGUUCAUGCAGCGUAUGCAUAGGGCGUGGUGUAUCUUAGCAUUGAGAUUGAAAGCCGUGCUGCAGGCUGGUCUUGAAGUGCGGCGCGAAUGGGCUUGUUUGCUAGCGUGGCGCAUUGCGCAAGGCCCUGCAUUGAUUGUGGCCUGGCACGGCGGCGACGCGGCGGCACGUAAGCGGCAGCAGCCGCCUGACGCGCUCUGUCUGGUCGCUGAUGCUGUGGCGGCGGGUGGAGUGUGGGGCGUCAGCCUGUCCUACUGCUGGGUGCCCAUCAGCAUUAGGAGUGCUAUACGCUGGCCGGUGGGUGAGCAUGUAGCGAGAGGUCUCGAACCACGGCCGGGGGUCGUCACCGAGGAUAGAGGCGGGUUCAGGCUUGGGCUUCAGGUGGGAGCACAAUGUGUGCGAGUGGUGCGCCGGCUCCGCUUUCUGUUUUGCGGAUCAGACAGCGGAAAACGGUCGCUUGAGGGUGUAAGGCCUGUCAAGUAUCGUUGAUAUGGCAGGCGCGGGGCGUUGAGCUCGCCGACUCAGGCGUUGCUGAAGCAAGUUGUCCGAGUGUUGGGCACUCGACGAAGAGGUUAGAUGACUAGAGCGUGCGGUGGAAAUGCCCAAGCGGAAGAGCUGAGCCGACAGGGGCUUUGGUGAUACUGCUGUGGAGUCAAGGCAGUGCGAGGGCAGCACGAUUGCGGCAGUCGGUGUGAUGAGAGGUGGCGUGGGGGUUUCCACGAAUCGUGCUUCAGUCACGAGAGAGAAGCGCGUGCCUGCACUCGAUGCCCUCGAAAGACGCAGUAGGAAAUGGACGCAGGGCGCCGGAGGUGUUGCAGAGGCUGGGGUGCUGCACCGGCUGUAACUCGACUGCGUU